AUCAGGGUGGCGUUCAUUUAUCAAUCAAAGCCCUGUACCGGUGGCAGGCCAGUGCGGUUUCUUGACGUUCCAGACAUCUUCGUUAUCGGCGUUCCGUGUGUGGUUUUUUUUUCUUUACGCUGAUUUUGUGCCCAUCUGUGCAAGUGAUCGUGUGAUCGUGAGUGUAAAAAUGAAGCUGUUCGUGUGUAUGAUGAUGUGUUUCAGCCUGGUUCUUGGUGAUCCGGGCGUAAUAGGACCGCAGGAUGCACGAAAGGUGCGUAAUCCUGCUAGUGGACCGACGAGUUACAAUACGAUCGCACCACCGGAUAGUGAAACGUUAAGCAAGCUGCAAAAUCAAGUCGCACCGACGGUUCAAAUUCCCAGCAAAUCUCUGACCACGGUUAAAGUGCCGGAAGUAGCAUCACCAUUCCACACUGUUGCACCGCCGAGUGUAGUUCCGUCGCCCUAUCUACGGCAACCAGCGCCAGCGAUUGCUCCUGUGUCUGCCCCUGGACAAUACUAUCUGGCUAUGGUUCCACAAACGGCAAGCAAUCAUAUGCUGCAGCCUGCAACGACGCCCCUGAUCAUGCAGUACAUUAAUCCUCAGGGACAGCCUACUGGAGGUCUGCAAUACAUUCAGCUACUACGGCCGGUAGUUUAUCCCUACGCACCGAACCAGCAAUAUCAAGCGGCGUAUCAGCAAUAUCCGGGAUAUCUUCAGCAAUCGCCUGCAACUCUUAGUAGCUCACCGCAUGGUCCGGUUCCACCGACGCCAUACAACGUGUCGCCAACACCUCCACCGACCACUUCAACCACACAGCCCGGAUUCGUCCCGUUCCAGCCGGCCACCCAAUAUGCCCCGGUGAGCCACGGACAGCCUCCACAACCUCCGGCAUACAGCAAUGGUCCAGUAGGACAAUAUUCUAGCCCCGUUCUAUCGUACUAUCCACAUCGGUUUCUUAUCAACCCGUCGGAAUUGAAUUUCAACACAAAUGAAUAUGUGCCAUCGCCCGGUGAUGGUGUCUACAUCAAGGGUGUAAAGAGUAUUCGGGCUUAAGCGUCGGAAAAAAAUCCUUUUUUCUAAAACCCAAUCCAAAAGACAAACCGAAUAUCAAAGUACAAUCGUUAAUCCCACGAUCACAAACCCGUCCGCAGGUAUAUAGUAUUAACGGCCCACCCUCCUGUGACUGGGCAUGCAAUUUUAUUAAUUAAUUUAUAUCUGUUUUGUAACCUGUAACGUGUGUCGUUGCCUACCAGAUCCCACGAGUUCCAAAAAAUAAAUAAAUGAUAAAUUUAAAAUUUUGUUUGAAAAGAGUUUUCAUUACAAACUGUAUGAUGAAGGCCGCAUUUGGAGAAAACCUUUUGGAGUAAUUAGAAUGUGCUGUAAAACAUAAUAAAAAUUAAGCAGAAACAUAACACAUCAGAGAAAAUGUGAUAAAAUUUUACUUGAAGUUAAAAUAUUAAAAACAU